AUGUCGCAAGUUCCUGUUCAGACGAUCCAUAGGGAUCCACAGCUCUUCUACUGGAUUUUGAUCCCUAUUACAGUGGUCAUGAUCUUGACUGGAGUUCUCCGCCAUUAUGCAACGGUACUCAUGCAAACUGCACCCAAGAAACAAGAACUCCCUGCCAUCCGCGAGCAGCGCUCUCUCCUCCGUGGUAUGAACCUCCGUGGAAACGCCAACGUCAUCUCGCCUGCUUCCUUCCAAGCCCGCAAAGACUACCUGGUCACUGCAUAUGAGAAUGGUGUGUUUUUGAAGGAGCCUGAUAGGAAGGGCCAGGCGGCGCCGAAUCCGAUGACAGACCCAGCAGCUAUGGAAGGUAUGAUGGGGAUGAUGAAGGGAAACAUGGCAAUGAUUGUGCCACAGACACUGAUUAUGGGGUGGAUUAAUGCAUUUUUCAGUGGUUUUGUUAUCAUCAAGCUUCCAUUCCCUUUGACGAUCAAGUUUAAGAGUAUGUUGCAAGCCGGUGUUAUGACCAGAGAUAUGGAUCCGCAGUGGAUGUCUUCUAUCUCGUGGUAUGUGCUGUGUAUCUUUGGAUUACAGUCAGUGUUCAACUACUUGCUUGGCAGCGAUAAUGCUGCAAGCCAGAUGGCCCAGCAGAUGGGACAAAUGGGACCAGGUGCUGGAGCACAGAUGUUUGGUCCUGGUGUUGAUCCGGACAAGCAAUUUCAGGGUGAGGCGGAGAACCUGGCUGUUUUGGCUCAUGAGUAUACGCUUGCUGGUGUUGAAGAUAGACUUUUGAAGUCGGUGAAGGUGUGA